AUUGUCUUUGUCUGAUGAUUUGUUGUUGUUAUCAAAAAACGUGCGAUUUUUUUAUCAAUUUGUAAAAUUAAAAUGCCUCUAGAUUAUAAAAGAUUCAAUGGUCCCGAAGAUAGUGUUUCAUACAAACGUUUUACUGCCGACUAUUUAAAAAGUUAUGACGAAUUACAUAGUGAGUUAAUUGAUGAAACUGGACAUCGAAAAGAUGGGCGCGCAAUGGAUGAAGCUCGGCCCAUGUAUGUUCGCGGCAACUUCGUGUCUCAAGCGAAAGGCUCAUCAUACAUUGAAAUGAGAGGAACUAAAGUUGUAUGCUCUGUUUUUGACCCUAGAGAGAUUGUGCAUCAAAAUGAAUUCAGUACUGUUGGUCUAUUAUUCUGUGAAGUGAAGUUUGCACCGUUUGCAUGCAAACGUCAAAGACAGUCCCAUGUGCCUGACUCUGAGGAAAAAGCAUUGUCUGUAGCAUUAAGAAAAGCUGUAGGACCAACAGUGUGUUGUCAAUUAUUUGCUAAUUUCCAAAUAGACAUAUUUGUUUACAUAAUUGAAAGUGAUGGUUCAUGUUUAGCAGCUGCAAUCACAGCGGCUGGUCUAGCAUUGGCCAAUGCCGCUGUUCCCAUGUUUGACGUUGUGACUGCUUCCUCUGUUGCUAUAAUUGGAGACAAGAUAUUCAUUGACCCUACAGAGGAUGAGGAACAUUUAGCCAUGAUCAGUCCGGACACAAAUACAAACCAUGGAGUUAUUACGAUGGCAAGGUUGAAUGGCUUGAUGCAAAUAGCAGAUUUUCGUCAAAUAGGCUCACUAGACAUUGAAUGCAUUCUCAAAGUCACAGAUAUAUUAGAACAAGAAUGUCAGAAAGUUUUCCCCAAAAUACAAAAGACACUGGUUGGUUAUGUCAAAAAUGGUAUUAUGGAACAAAAGAGGUUAAGUGAAGAGGGAAAGGCGAGGGAAGCUAAGUUAAAAGACAAAAUGUUAGAAUGGAGGUCUUCAAUAGUAAACAAUUCAGUCUGACAAAA